GCUGCGGUGGGUAAUUAUUAUGAAGAACCACAUGAAGGAAAUGACGUAGAAGAGGAAAAUGCUGAGGGCUCGUUUCAAGGAACGCAAGUUCCUGCGCCUCAUGGCACAGCUUCUGGCUCAACACAAAAAAAAAAGUAUGUCGGACGUAAUAUUUCACUGUCUUCCUUUAUAAAUCUUCUUAAAUCAAGUAUUCCUAAUGAUCAAAAAUAUUCUACUCCUAGCUCCCACUAUGCUACUUUACGUGAUUAUGAUAAAGAACAAUCGGAUGAGGAGGAAGAGGAAGAAGUGCGCGAAAAUCUAUUUGCCGGUGGUGAAAAAUCACUUGGAAGUGAUGAAGAACCUUCGGUUGAAGUGAAUUCACAACCUUCCACCACUGAACCACCCAGAACGGAUGGUCCUCUAAUGGCAUAUGACGAUCCAGCAAACGAAGAAUUCCUUAAAGCCAUUAAUAAUGGGUACUUAAG